CCCGAUACUAGUUGGAGGCGCUCAGCGUCAAUUUAGUCUCAUGAAUGAUGCAUGUGAUGUGCAGUGAGUCACGCCAGUCGCACAGGCAGCACGCACAGACAGAGAGCUCCUAUGAGUCCCAUCCAUCCGGACACCCACGUGUUCGCCCCGCCCCACCCUCCCUCAGUCAAACAGCGAGAAGCCCAUGUCCUCGUCCUCUUCCUCCUCCUGCACACACACAUGCACACACACGACCGACCGACCGACAGACCGAUACACACGGGCCGGGCCAUGUGACCAUAGGUUUCUGGCCCCACACGGAUGUCUGUCUGUCCGGUCAGUAUGGUAUGUACCUCUUCCUCCUUCUUCUCCUCCUCCUUGGCCUCCUCAGCCGCAGGUGCGGCCCCGCCACCUGCUGCCGGAGCAGCACCGCCACCCACUGCCGGACCUGUGCACACACACACACACAGCCAAUGAGGACACACACACAUCACACAUACUAUAGAUGAUGCCUGCCACUGCUUCGUGCAGCCUGUUUGUAUGUCCCUCACCGGCGGCUGCGGUGCCCGCGGCACUGAGCAGUGAGGCGAGGUCCCUGCCCUGCAGCAGCUUCUCAAACAGCCGGGGGAGGAAUGGCUCAACCUUCAGACCUGCUGCUGACACUAGCUUCUCGAUAUUCUCGGCCUGACCAACGAUAGCCACAACAUACCCAGUCACCCUCCUGGCUGGCCAGAGCGUGUACGUCCCACCACCCUCUCGUUCUCCCUACCGUAAUGUCUGUUUCCUCGUCAUGGAGGAUGAGAGCUGCAGCCACACACACUCAGAGAGAGAGAGAGAGAGAGAGAGAGAGAGAAGGGGUUCGCCUGCGUUCGUGUAGCGGUCAGUUUCCUCACCUGCGUAUGUGCACGCCAGCUCCUGCUUCUCCGCAUCGCCUGAUCACACACACACACAGCGGGCAUCAGCCGUGGGAACAAAUCUGAGCCUCUCAGUGUUGUGACGUUUGGAGUUGCAGCUUACUGAUAUCGGUCACGGGGAUAGCCGCCAUCUUCCCAGGAGAUCUGCUGUUUUCGGGGAG